AUGUUGCAAAAUUCCAGCAGCUCUAGCGGAGCCACAGCAGCCUCGACUGGCCAACAACAACAGCAGCCGCAGCAGUCGCAAGAGUCACAGUCUCAACAAAUGCCACAACCCAAACUUGUUGUUAUACGACGACGACCCAAUCAAGGUUUCGGUUUUACUCUACGUCAUUUUAUUGCUUAUCCACCGGAAGAUGAUCCCUCUUGGCCACAGGAAGCAUCCGAACCAUACCAAGUGAAAGCUAUGGAAACGAUUUUCAUAAAAGAGGUACAUCCGAAUGGACCCGCUUACUAUGCCAAUCUGCAGACAGGCGAUCGCGUUCUAAUGGUGAACAACACACCAAUUGCUGGCAUCGCCUACAGUACCAUUGUGUCGAUGAUCAAGCAAACGCCUUCGGAAUUGAAAUUGUUGGUGGUGCCCAAGGAGUGUGAUGUCUUGCAAAUGCACUAUACCAGUAUUGCCCAUACGCCACAAUCAAAUGUUAUGGGUGGCGGUUCUUCAUCGUGUACCAGUGGUUCCACAAAAUCCAUACCUUCACCUAUUGUCGCGGCCACGGGCAGCAAUGGCAAUUCAACGGCAAAUUCACACUCAUCUGUCGUAGGUGGAAGUGGAGUUGGAUCAGGUAUUGGUGGUGCAGGUACAGGCAGUGCCCUCUUACCAAUGUCCGUGGCAAUGGCUGGUCGGCCACCUUUCCCAUUACACCAACAGCCACAUCAAUUGAUCUCAUUUCCUGCAAGCAGCAGUCAACACCAUCACCACCAACAUCUGCAGCAAUCGACUGUUGCGAGUCGUUCCGGUAGUAUUAGUAGUACCAACAGUUUAAGACCACUUACACAAGCGGAUUAUAUGGAAUUAAGUACAUUGUCGUCAUCGACAUCAUCUUCAGCGGCGGCGGCGACAUAUCAUCAUCAAAUCCAACACCACCAACUUCAUUCGGCUAGCAAUAUGCUACAGCAUAGUGAUAGUGGCAGUUAUUUGCGUUCACCACCAGCAAAUCUAACAGUAUUAACCCGCCAACAACAAUUGCAACAACAGCAAAAUGCUGCCGCAUUUUAUGCUUCCAAUGCUGCUGUUGAUACCAGCGAUUUAAUGAUACGCUUGCGUGAAUCGAUAAAACAAAAGGAAGAAUUUCUCAAAUCACCGCUACCUAAUGUCCAUCAACAACAACAACAGCAGCAACAACAACAACAUUUCUUUCCUCAUACACCACCCUCAGGCAGUCCACAAUUGUCGAUGGUCUCAACAUCAUCGACAUCUGUGGGGGGAUCCGGUUCAUCAUCAUCAGCCGUUGUUGGCGGUUUAAGUUUUCACAAUAACAACAACAGUAGCAGCAGCAAUGCAACGGCACGAGGACAAGUGCGUACCUUAGUUAAACAACCACUGUCGGCCACUUCAUCGACGUCCAGUACGAGAGAAUUACUAACAGCAAACUGUGAUAUGCAUUACGCACCGAAUUUAGGUGGCUCCAGUACAACUGGAGAGACUUGCCGCCACCACCACCAACAGUAG